AUGUUCAGGGUCCUUGGUGCUCUUACUGGCUCUAAAGGCUCCUCUGAGCUCAGCCAAGAUCAGCGGAGCAAAAAAAUAUUGAGCCAAGCUCAUGAUUUCGAGGUAGCACUGCAAGCUAUGGACUAUGUGCUAGAUGAUCACCCAGGUAAGGGUAUGGCUCUUUUGAAAAAUGGCAAAUCACAUAGUCAGGAUGAUGACCGUAGUGUCAGAGUUCUAGCCCGUGGUGUUAUUGAGUUUUUGGAAGCGACUCUUGGGUUUGAGGCAAGUGUGAUGAAAAAAGCUGCCACUACUUUAGCAGAAGCUCAACAGCUCUCACAGAAAAGAAGGCAAUGCUUCCAAAAACUCAAGUUAAAAACGAGCUCCUUGUAUCCCCCGGGAACUGAAUAUGCUGUAACGUAUACUGAGGCGUGCCUCUUGCAUGCCUUGCUAAUGCUGUUCAGCGAGAGCAUGGUUGAAAGUGCAAAAGCACUUUUCAAGUUAAGAAAAGCUUACCACAUGCUACAAGAAAUUCUGAAUGACAUAAAUGCUGCUAAAGCAAGCUCAGGGGCGUCAAUACAUUCUCAGGAUGCGAAUGCUUCUUGCGCCUCCUUUAUUGCCGCGGAUACGUCAAAGUUCAAAUCAGUUGAUAUCCCGUAUGAGCUGACCCCUCAGGAACAACAAGAUCGAAAGCUUAUGGAACUAGCGGAAGAUAUCUAUCACAUGCGGAAGAAGAGACUCGAGGGAGCCCACAUUGGAAACUCUCCCGCGGCAGAAAGACUGAGGACAAACCUUGGAUUGCAGGCUAUGAGUGACUUAUCUCUUGACUCUGAAGCAAAAAAGAGGCCAAUUAACCUUUCAAACGAAGAAAUUGAACAAGACCAGGCAACAAUUGACGAGUUUAUACACUCUGGUGUCAACUUGUGUUUUGGUAUUUUGCAAGUAGUGCUAUCGCUCAUACCACCAGCUAUCGGUGCUGUACUCUCUAUCGUCGGAUUUCAUGGCUCGAGGGAGGAAGGAUUGAGGAUGAUAUGGCGAUCCACUAAGGACCGUAACAUUCAUGGUGGUAUCGGGCUGCUAUCUCUUCUAUUUUAUUAUGAUGGUCCAUUCCAAUUCACCGAUGUCGAUUUCGAUGUUCCGGCAACUAGUGAAGACACAGACAAAGCCUUAUCGAGUGACCUAGAUAAGCCCACAUUACUUCACCCGGGACAACUACUGGAAGACUCCCUACUACGGGCAAGAGCCGUUUUUCCUAACAGUGCCCUGUGGCUUCUGCAGGAAUCCAGGAUGCUCUCUUCCAAAGGAAGGCCACAGGAUGCAGUUGAUUUGAUGGAUUCCAUCGAUGUGAAUGGAAUAGAAAUGAGACAAGUCAAGGCAAUAAUGAUUUUUGAUAGGGCAAUGACUCUGGUUCAUCUCCACGAGUUUGAAAGGGCCGCUGAAGAUUUACUUUCGUUGUUGGAUAUUAGUGAGUGGUCUCACGCGCUGUAUACUUAUUUUGCGGGGUGUUGCUAUUUGGAGAACUACCGAAUGUGUCAAAUUGGUAUGAUGGAUACAACGAAAAUGUCAUUUUACAAGGAGCGUGCUACGAAAUUGAUUUUCAGCUCGCCGGAAUUGGCAGGAAAAAAGAAGUUUAUGGCCAAGAACACCCCGCUAGAGAGGUUCAUGUUGAGAAAGGUCGACCAGUUCAAGAGAAAUCAAUUCGCGUUGAAACUGAAUGAUCCGCUUGAGGCGAUUGGUGUUUCUCCAGUGCAUGAAUUGACCUAUUUUUACAAUGGAUAUAACAGAAUGACCAAAAGCGCUCUUGCAGUGUCGCAUAGACUUCUUACUGAGUACAAAAAUGCUAUGGUAGAAAGGUGCAAUCCCGAUCAGGAGCUGAUCAAAAAUUUUCUUGUUUCCUUAACACUACGGAGACUUGGAAAUUUGGAUGACGGUUGUGAACUCCUGGACAAGCAUGUUUUAUCUCACCUAUUCACAACGGAAACACCGGACAAAUUCAAGUAUUUCAAGAAGACUGAGGACCCAUGGCUUUACCCCACGGCAUUCUAUGAGCGUGCGCUUUUUACGUGGAAACUAAAGGGCAUGGAUGGUCUAGAUGAGUGCAAAACGUGGCUUCUUAGAGCCCAAAAUUAUGCCGAAGACUAUGAGCUCAGUACACGUAUUGGAAUGAAGAUAAAAGCCGCCAUUGACAGGCUAGAUGCUUAA